CAGUUUCGUUUCUUCGGGACCGGGCGGCAGCAGCGGGAGGAUGGCGGCGUUGACCAAAGCUCAGUCGGAGCCGAACCUGCUGGCGCUGGAAGAGGAGCUGACGUGCUCCAUCUGCCUCUGCAUCUUCAGCGUCCCCGUGACGGUGCCCUGCGGGCACAACUUCUGCGCCUCCUGCCUGGAGCUCACCUGGUCCGACCAGGUGCAGGACUUCAGCUGCCCGCAGUGCCGCACCACCUUCCCGGGCCGCCCGCAGCUCCGCAAGAACACGGUGCUGUGCCGGGUGGUAGAGCAGCUGCAGGGCGCCGGGGACAAGAAGGACGACGAUGAGUGUGAGGAGGAAGAGCGGGAGGUGGCAGCUCCCAUCUACUGCGACAGCUGUCUGCAGGCAGCCGCCACGCAGACCUGUCUCACCUGCAUGGCCUCCUUCUGCCCCGAGCACCUGCGGCCACACCACGACAGCCCGGCCUUCCGCGACCAUCAGCUGUGCCCACCCGUGCGGGACCUGCAGCAGAGGAAGUGCCCGCAGCACAACAAGCUCUUUGAGUUCUUCUGCAGCCAGCACAGCUACUGCAUCUGCUCGCUCUGCCUGCUGAGCCACAAGCUGUGCCACACCAGCCCGCUGCAGCAGGCCAAAGACAAAGCCGAGUCAGCACUGAAGAAGAAGCUGGCAGAGCUGCACAGCCAGAGUGAAAGAUCUGUGCAAGCAAUGAACUCUGUGAAAACAAUCCAAAGUCAAGCUGCUGAGGCAGCUGCCAGAAAGCGAGAUUUGCUGAGAGCUGAAUUUUUGGAAAUUAAAGCUUUAAUAGAAGAAAAAGAAAACCAGACCGUGAAAGUAGUUAUGGAAGAAGAAAAAAGAGUUUGCAAUAAGUUUGAUUACAUAUAUAAAAUUCUGGGAAGCAAGAAGAAUGAAAUUCAGUCUCUGAGAGACCAGAUUGAGAUGGCACUGACCGAAGGUGAUGAUAUUCUCUUUUUAAAGAGAGCAGCAGCACUGCAACGAACAUCAGUAAAAGAGGCUUUUGUCCCAGUGAUUGAAAUGGACCACAACAUGAUACAUGCUGCUUAUCAGUCUGCCAUUAACCUUAAAGACGCUGUCAAACUGGCAGUGAAUGUGCCUGUGGAUAAAAGAACGGAUGCAAAACCACCUCCUGGGAAAAUGAAGCCACCUUCAAUGCCUUCUCCAAACAAACCUGUUUUUAAAAAAAAGCUUGCUGCAGACUCACGUACCCACAAAGAGAAAACCUCUCAACAAAUGAAAAUCACUCUGCUGGAGGAGACAGAUACCCCACCAAGCGUGGGAGCACCAAAUGCUGCAACUGCUGCUAAAGUGAAAGAACUUAUCAGCAGCUUCCUGAAAAAAACCAGAGUGGAGCUUUUGCAGUAUGCUGCUAAUGUCACACUGGAUUUCAACACAGCCCACAACAGAGUGGCUCUGUCUGAGCGAUACACCAAGAUGUCCGUUUCAGACAUCCUACUGAAUUACAACCACCACCCUCAGCGUUUCACCGACUGUCCCCAGGUGCUGGGGUUCCAGUGCUUCAAGAGAGGCAUCCACUACUGGGAAGUGGAACUGCAGCAGAACAACUUCUGUGGCAUUGGCAUCUGCUAUGGCAGCAUGGAGCGGCAGGGCCCGGACAGCCGCCUGGGUAGGAACAGCAGAUCUUGGUGUAUCGAGUGGUUUAAUUCCAAAAUUUCAGCCUGGCAUAAUGAUGUUGAAAAGUGCUUACCCAGUACAAGGGCUACUAAGAUCGGUGUGCUGCUCCACUGUGAUGGAGGGUUCGUGCUCUUCUUGACUGUUGGGGAAAACCUUAACUUGAUCUAUAAAUUCAAAGCCCAGUUUACUGAAGCUGUGCACCCUGCCUUUUGGUUAUUUUCCAGUGGCACUGUCCUCUCUCUCUGCCAAAUGAAACCAUAAGGCCUGGUACCUUCAUGUAGUUUGCCUGGAUACUGACAUACAGAUAAUCAUUCCCUGCAGCAUCUCAUCUUUGCAGCUAUAAAACAUAUGUUGAAUUCAUAAAUAUUUACUUAUUUGUCUUAGUCUAAGCAGUGUCAAAGAUUCUGGGUUGGUUGCUUUUUCUUGUUUUUGUGGGUUUUGGUGUUUUUCUGUUUUUUCUUUGCAUGAAAAUUAAUGACUCUUAGGUAGUUUAGGAUGUUGGAUGAUUCUAUGGCCUGCAUUGCUAUAGCCUUUAGGUAGCGAUCGAGUAAAACGAUGACGCUAAAAAGCAGAGAGAAAGGAUUUGCAAAGACUACAAUACAACCCACUAACAAAUGAGUUGUUCAGUAGCUGCUGUAGAUUCUGCAGUUGUUGUAAAGGAUCUUCAGUUUUCAGGCCUGUGUUUCACAGGUAGCAAUAUGACUGUUUGAGAAGGAAAUAGGAGAGAUUCCCUGAAAAGUGUUUCAGGCUUUGAGGUUGGUCUCUGUUUUGCAUUAACUUUUUCUCUAUAUUCAGACUGUUGUCUGCGGCCAGGAUUUACAGUGCGUGUUCUCAGUGUGUGACUGCCACUGAGCUGCAAUGGAAGGAACUGUUGAAAGAGGUAAAUUCAGGUCUUGUAACACUCGGUUGUAAAAAUUGUUACGAUAGAUCUCAUUAGAAGCUGAUGGAUAAGACAUGGUAUCAGAAUCACCAGGAAAUAAAUGACAGUGACUAUAUCACAGAAUAUUUCAGGAAGAUAUCCUGUCUAGCAGUGUGGAUAUGUAACAAUAGUCUAUGGGUUGAAGCAUUCUGUGUCGUGUUCUGACCCACAAUAUGCUUCACAUCCUCACAGUGAAGGCUCUUUGGAGUUUCUGUUGUGUGUUGAGGAGUUUAGGGAGUGUAUGUUUGGUUUGUAGAGGAGCAUAAACAUGCUGUUCACUCAAAGCAGAGUCUCCUGUCAUAAAACCUUUCCCCUUUGGAAGGCAGGAUGUUCUCUGUUGGCAUAUUUUCAUUUGCUUAGUGGGUAGAGACUGGAUUUCCUGUGGGGUAAAUAUGUUACUGUGACUCUGAUUUGAGGAGCACAGUGCAUAAAGAAUGAUGUUUCCUCUUUGUGAGAAGCAUCCUUUGAAGCCUACAAGAAAUCAGCGCAAAAGGGAAUACAUUUCCAUCUCCUCUGAAAUGGAUCUUUAAUUCUCCUGGUCUUCUUUGGGUUGUGGUAUGUUCCCAGAAGUCCUCAUCAUGUGCAGAAGGAUCUGUACCUCAGCUUUUCUUAAUCACGGCUUUAAAACAAUCAGUAGGCAAUCGAGGUAUUUGGAUCUCUGAGGUAUUGAGCCUGUUCCUUGGUGAUGACUCUGGACUGACUAUGCUAGCUCUAUGUCUUGGAGUUCCCCAUGGAGAACAAGGAAGCUCAUGUAAUGGAAUUCUUGGACUCCAGUGGGAUUUAGUAUGUGCUGAGGAAAAAAACCACAAAGCUACUUCUGACAGUUUGAAAGGGAACUGUUAGAAUGCUCAAAAGAACCUCUGACUACAUUUCAUAUUAGUCAAAGAGUUUUAGAGGGCAACUUGUAGGAACUUAAACUUUGUGGUCUUUGGUUACUUGGUUUGAAAGCUCAUAGUACUUUGCAAAGGAUAGCAUCAUUCUGAUACUUCCAUUCCUUGGUCCAGAAUGGUAUAUGGAAUUGAUGCUGGAUCUAAAAGUGCGACUGCUUUUUUUGUAAUGGUUGUUCUAUUUCAAGAGUCCCACCCUUCCAAUGCACUGAAACACUUCAAAAGGCGAGGAAGGAGGAUGGGUCCUGUUAGGAACCAAGAGUGCAGUCAGAACUUCUUUUUCCUGCAUUUCCAGCUCUCCAGCUGUGGGGACAUGAGCAGUUUCAUCUGAGAAAUCCUUUCCAGUGAGCUGCUCAGCCAUGGCAUGGGGCUGCAGAUUCACCCAGUGGGAUGCUGGAGGAGUACCCUGUCCCCUUUUUAUGGGGAAAAAAGGUACUUCAGGGGCAUGUGCAGUGGAGAGAGUCCAGCUCUUCUGUUAUCUUUUUGCUCUUUGGGUUUCAAAAGGGUGUCAACAUUAACCUCUAAGUCUUUGGAUUUCCUUUAGCCAUAGCAUGGAGUGACACUCAAGCUAAGGAUAGAAGAGCUCUUAUUCUGCCACGGUGGACAACGGUAGAUUCUUUAAAUGUGACAUCAGCAUGUAUCAUGUAAGACAUGUUCUGGUUUACCAUGAGCACUGAAACAAGCCUUCCACUGUACUAUAGGGGGUUCUUGUUUUUGGUUUGCUUUUGUGCCAGAAAUGAACUAGAAUAGUAGAAUGAAGGUCUGUUAGUUUGGAACAAAGAGAGAAACGUACAGCUGCCACACUUCUGAAAGGUGUUAUUUCAGAUAUCUCUGGAUUUAUCAGAACAUUGGGGCUGAUAUAACAGAGUCAAAUAUUAGUUCAUAGAAUGGCCUGGAUUGAAAAGGACCACAAUGAUCAUCGAGUUUCAACCUGUCUGCUAUGUCUAGGAUUGACUUAGUUACAGCAUGAUUAACUAAUGGCUUAGGAAAACUAGAGUGCUUUUACUCAGCCAGUAAUACUAUCAAAGCUACAAUGGUUUUAAAUAAAACAUAAACACAGAUUCCAGUUACACUUUUCUAAAGAACCUGACUUCAUCAGUCUAGAAAGAAAAUGAAUCCUGGUGUUAAUAAAGCCGUGAAUGUUACAUGAUUUGCACACUGAUGUACAAAUGAGAGUAACUGGUGAGAUCCUUACCCACUGCAUGCCUUCAUCUGUAUUAAUUUUUCCUCAAUGAAAACUAGUAGUAAAGUAGUAAAGUACUACAAUUAGUAAAUGCUUGUGCAUGUCUAGAUGUGCCAGUCGUGCUGCUAUCAGCCCUGAGCUUCAGCACAAACGGGAGCUGCUCAGUGCUGCAGCAGUUUCAGCUCGGUAUGCUUCUCAGGGCAGCAACACUGAUUUUAUGGCUUUUUAUUAAUUAUUGUAAUUAUUAAUGUUUUAUUGUCACACCUGUCAUCUCUUAGAUAUCGUUGAUCAUUUCAGUUAUCUCAGUGAACUGAUUUUUUUAAUUCAAGAAAUAUUAAUUGCAAACCCGAGCUCUAAAGGUUUUCUUCCGUGCUCAGACUUGAAGCGAGCAGCACGGAAAGCAGAAAUAAAGUUGCUGUCCUGUUCAAA